GACCAGACCUUUGUGGGUCCCGAUCUAAAUUGGAUUCCAGGAGGCUGAAAGGGACCAACCUAUCAACAAACUACAAAUCUCCCCUCCCCACCCUCGCAGCACUCCAUCUCCUCUUUUCCCCCACUCCCCCUCUUCCCUCAAGAACAGAGCUCCGACACCUCCCCUGUUCCUCCUCCCCAUCCCACUCCACCCCAUUGCCCAUAAAAGAAACAGAGCAGGUCUGUCAUCAUGGCUAGGCCUCAGCAGAGAUAUCGCGGCGUUCGCCAGAGGCACUGGGGCUCCUGGGUCUCCGAAAUCCGCCAUCCUUUGUUGAAGACAAGGAUAUGGCUUGGCACAUUCGAAACAGCGGAGGAUGCGGCCAGAGCCUACGAUGAAGCGGCAAGACUAAUGUGCGGGCCAAGGGCACGGACCAACUUCCCUUACAAUCCCAAUGCCUCCUCCUCAUCAAACUCCAAGUUCCUAUCGCCGGCUCUUACGGCAAAGCUACAUCGCUUCAACUUAGUAUCACUCCAGAACGCCCAGCCCAUUGCUAAGGAUGCACCACGGAGGUCUUCCCUGUCGGUAAGCUGCAGCACCGCUGGUAACAGGAAGUCCGAGUCUGUUGAUAAUGGCCUGACGAAGAACCCGGCGGUAACAAUGGAACAACAGCUGGAGACCAAUUGGGUUGUCAAAGAAGAGAACGACGGUAGGGAAAUGCAGUGCACUUAUCUAGAGGAGCAUCACAUAGAGCAAAUGAUUGAGGAGCUGCUGGAUUCUAACCUCUCUAUGGAGCUCUGCUACACUGCUUUGUAGGCAGUCUUGCCACUCGCUAAUGUAACCCUUUUUUUCCUAUAUCGAGAUUGACCCAUUUCCCACCUACUCUAGUCCCUUGAAGCAAUGAAGUCAUUGCCCAAGUUCUGUUUUCCUUGGUAAACUAUGAGAGUAGUAGAUCUCACAUGUAGAUGUACAGUGCUAUUCACACAAUAUAUGUACCUUUUCUGCUAGUUGAAAUGGAAUGGAAUGAUAUGAUAUGGAGUGAAA